CGGUGCAGGCCGUGUUGCGCGGAGGGUUCGGCGGUCAGCGGCGGCGGCCCUAGGGGGGCCGCGGCGCCAUGGGCAGGCGAUAGACGGGCUCGGGCCGGCGAGGCGAGGGGCGGCGGCGGUCGUCCAAGCCGCGGCGACCUUCGGCGGGGCCCGGGGGUGGGGAGGCCCGGGGCGGGGGUCGUCCCAGACAGCGCGGGGCCGCGGGGCGGGUCUCGCAGGCCGUCGGGGUGCAGGAGGCCUGGGCCGCCGCGAGGAGCUGCCGCCGGCCGCUGGGCCCCGCCGCCGGGCCGCUCGACGACGACGCUCCCGCGGGGGCCCCGUCUGAGGAGGACGCGGCGGCGGCCGCGGCGAGGCCGCGGGAGGCCGCGGAGGAUGGAGGAGCGGAAGGAGGAGGGUGAGGCUGAGAUCCAGGAGCACGGGCCGGAGCACUGGUUCUCCAAGUGGGAGCGGCAGUGCCUGGCUGAGGCCGAGCAGGACGAGCAGCUGCCCCCCGAGCUGCAGGAGGAAGCGGCGGCCGCCGCGCAGCCCGAGCACAAGCAGCAGAAGCUGUGGCAUCUCUUCCAGAACUCGGCCACCGCCGUGGCCCAGCUCUACAAAGACCGAGUGUGUCAGCAGCCAGGACUUUCUCUCUGGGUCCCCUUCCAAAACGCAGCCACCGCCGUCACCAAUCUCUACAAAGAAAGCGUGGAUACUCAUCAACGAAGUUUUGAUAUUGGAAUUCAGAUUGGCUAUCAGCGACGCAAUAAGGAUGUGUUGGCUUGGGUUAAAAAACGCAGAAGAACUAUUCGUAGAGAAGAUUUGAUCAGCUUCCUGUGUGGGAAAGUUCCUCCACCACGAAACUCUAGAGCUCCCCCAAGACUGACUGUAGUGUCCCCUAACCGAGCUACUUCAACGGAAACUAGCUCAUCUGUAGAGACUGAUUUGCAACCCUUCCGGGAAGCCAUAGCUCUGCAUGGUCUUAGUGGUGCAAUGGCUAGUAUAAGCGUGCGUUCGAGUACCCCAGGCUCUCCUACACAUGUAAGCAGUGGAUCGAAUGCUAGUCGAAGGAGAAAUGGACUCCAUGAUGUCGAUUUGAACACUUUCAUAUCAGAAGAAAUGGCACUCCACUUGGACAAUGGUGGAACUAGAAAGCGUACCUCAGCCCAGUGUGGCGAUGUCAUUACAGACUCACCAACCCAUAAACGCAACAGAAUGAUCUAAACUGCAAACAUUUUCACACCCACCAUGCUGCUUGAAAGCCACUUGAUCCUCAACAUAUAUUAUUGCAAAGGAAACAUGAGGCCAUCUUCCCUUGUUCACUGUUUAAGACAAGUGAAUUCUAUAGUGGUUGCCAUAAAAGGAAGUUCUAGGUAUUUACAGUAGAUGCCUCUUGUAACUAUGGCUUUCUUAAAACUAUAAUCCUAGCAGAGGACAUCAGAAUCGUGUAGUCAUUAGCAAGAUCAUCAUAGGCAAACAUAUAUCCGUUCCAAGGCUAAAAGUGACCUUAACUGUAUUUAUUCUCAAAGGGAAAGGAAAUAUCAGAUGUUUAUUUGGUUAUAGAAUGCCUUCCCGCCCCCUGCCCCCGCCUUGGUCCAUUUCCUGCUGUUUUGAGUGUUUUGCUUCAACAGUAUUGCCAGGUUCCUAAAAUUAUCUCAAACCCACGAUUUGGCUUCCUUGUCAAAUCUGCAGGCUUCCAUUUUUCUUUUUUUUUUUGCAGCACUAGAUCAUGCACCUGGGCUCUUUGGAGUCACAGCGUGCGACUUCUAAUGAUUGGACUGUGCCCCGUUUUCAGUUUUCCAAGCAGUUUCUAAUUCUGGUGAUUGUGUGAUGUAAAGAGGUGCUAUGAUGGUCAUGCAAUUAAUACUUAAUAUUGAAUCAAUACACAGAACUUUAUCGGAUUCACUUUGUGUGUGUUAGCGCUCUAAAAGUAGCAAUACUAUUAAAUUGCCCCCAUACUGACCCUGUAGGCUUAAAAUACUCCUGUUUAAAGACAAGUACUACUUCCCACGCAGGGUACUGUUCCUUACGGUAAAUGUAAACACGUAGACUGCAUUCAAGGGGGACCUAAAGUAGAGAGAUCAUGAACUUUGAGGAUGGGCUUCCUUUUCGGUUCAGUAUUAGCAAGAGGGAGAUGGAUGCUGGGGGAGGGUAGGUAUUCCAGUCUUUUCGUGUCCCCGUAGUACCUUUUUCAUGAAUGCCCUACUUUGUGUGCAGUUUCCAUUGGAAUGGCAGAAGAUAAAGGUCUUUUAUCUGCUAAUAAUGUGGUCACAACUUAAGUAGCACUCUCUGGUCCCUCUCCUCUAACAAGUGCAGUUUGGAAUCUCAUUCUCUUAAGAGAUGGAAUCGCAUGGAGGCUCUCUAGGUGUUAGGUAGACCUAAAUAAAGGUUCCGAGUAGAUCCUCUGUUGAGUCCCUGUAAGACCUCUUGUAGCCACAAUAUUUUAGAGCAUGUUUGAUUGUUUCCUCUUCAUUUUUAAUAUCUUGAACUGAAUGAUAGUCUUUUUUAGAUGAAGAACUGAUGUCAGCCUGCCAGGUACUGUAAUUUAUUCUAUCAUAUUAUUAUAUUAUAUAUCAAGUAGGACAGUGAAAAUGUUUCCUUGCAAACUUGUAGUCCAGUAUCAGUUAACUUCCUGUUUUUAUCCUGAAAAGACCAUUGCAAAUCAGUGUAAGGGUUUUUCCAGUAAUUACUCACAGCACUUUGUUAAAGUUUGCAAUUCCUUCAGCCAUUUAAUAAUAAUCUUUCUGUGAAGAAACUGCUGAGUUAACCAUAAUAUUCAUUGACUGGGUGGGAGGUGAAUGGAAUGUGUGAGCUGAAGUUCUGUACUCCUUAUAGAACUAGACCUUAUUUAAAAAAAAGAAGAAAAACCAAGUCAAUUCCAUACUAAAACUAGGAACGAAAGUGAGGUAUUUCUAAAUUUUUGCAAAAGUGGAUCAGUUUUUGUUUGAUACAUUCAAUCUGUCAUUUUACCUGAAACAGACAAGCCUAUGUAUUAUGAAUACUUUUAAGCUUCCCUUUGGACUAUGCCCAGAAAUGCAUUUGGAGUUAAUCGUUUUUCUGUCGUUGUCAAUUUAGAUUCUGGAAUUGGCAUUUGGUGGUGUGAAGCGUUGCCCACAAGUGGCCAGAACUCCUCUUCCUAAAGGAUUUUGAGAUUGAGGAACAGCUGUAUAACCUCCCCCUUAUGCCUUGGUUCUAGUUCCUCCCUCUGAGUUGAAUAACAAUUUUUUAUUUUUGGUUGUUUUGUUUUAGUUGGUGCUCUGACGCUUAAUCUCAGUACCCUUUACUCUUGAUUGUCAAAUUUUGAUAAAACAUGUGCCAUUUUCUUUGGUAAGAGAAAGCAGGUCUUAUGUCUGCCAGAACACGAUUUAUAUGCCUUAUUGGCUCCAUUAAACUUUUUAAAAACUUUAGCACUCGUUACUUUUUUCCACUGCAUUUAAUCUCAAAUGCUGUUUGUCAACCUCCUCGUAACUCCUCCGCGUGCUCUGUCUCAUUGCUCUCUCCUGCGCCCCCUGAGCACAAAGUAACUCUAAGAUCUAGGAGUAGAAAGGGAAAUGGUUUCUUCUCAUAGGAAGACUUAGUUCUGACUGCUAGAUUUUUGAAGCCUUUGAUUGUGCCAUUUUAGAUCCAAACAAAUCAUGGAAGAUUGCAUAUUGUGUGGUACUUUUUUAAAUAACAUUGAAAUUUUUUUUUUUUUCAGUCUCUUGAGAACAGUGUAGGCUGAAUUUUAAAACUUAACAGUUUACUUUGGGGGAACAGAACCUCCCUUUAUCUUUUAAGCUAGAUUCUCGGAUUCUUUUAGACAUCAUGGCUCGUUAGAUCUGUUCUCGUCACCCUAACUUGGCAUGAGUGGGUUGAGUUCAUCCUUAUACUGCAGUGUUCUGAGCAUGGCUGAAGCAUUAAAAACUUAAUUAUAAUGUUUAGUAUUUUAUAAAGCAAAAUUAAUGGAAAGCAUUUGGCUGAGUCUAAAGACCCGCAGUCAAAUUCUUCAAUGUGGUUUACCCAACUGGAGUAGUGGUACACACCUUAAAUCAUUCAAUGAAUAAAUAAUUUAAAAAACCGAAAAA